UUUUUUUUUGUAGAAGUAGUUGUAAAUAUUAUUAUUUACUACAUUUAAUAAUAGUUCUCUUUAAAUAAUCAUGCCUCAUAUAUUGAGAUAUAAACAAGAGUAUUAAUGAAAAAUUCAUAAAACAUAUAAUUAUCUGUGCUUCAUUAAAUUAUUAUAAUUUAAAAGUACAAUGGUAGUUAAUAAUAGACAUAAGACCAAUAUUUUAAGCACAUUUUCAACUAAUGAAAAUGAUAUCAAUGAUGAAAAUUUACAAAUUUUAAAUUUGAAUGAUGAUCAAUCAAACACAAUUAAACAUUCAUGGCAGUAUACAGUUCAAUUGAAUCCCAUCACAUUUUAUGAUGAAAAUAUAGGAGUACAGAUUCAUUCAGAGGAACAAGUUUGGAAGGAAACUCGGUAUAUACUUUUGUAUAAAAAAGUGCUUGGUAUAUUAAAUAAACUCACUUGGGUAAAUUUCAAUGAACUGCUAAUAAAGUUCCAAGAAUUGCCAAUUGAAAAUAAAGAAUGUCUUGAAAAUAUUGCUACAAUAGUUGCAUUCAAAGCAUUUGAUGAACAUUCAUUUGGCUCACUGUAUGCUGCACUUUGCAAAGCUCUUAAUAUAAGAAUUACUCUUCAAAAUAAUAACGGUGCAUUUGAAAUUACAUUUAAAAGAUGUGUUAUUAAUGUAUGUCAAAACUAUUUUCAAAAUGAGUGUAUGGAUUAUAUUAACACAAAUGAUACUUCAAUAGAACAUGAACAAGUAAAAAAACGACAAAAAUUACGUACAAUAGGUUGCCUUAGGUUUAUUGGAGAACUAUUUAGAAAAUCACUGCUUCCUCCAUCAGUUGUUCAUUAUUGUAUCAGUAUGUUGCAAAAAAAAAAAGAUGAAAAACAUCUAGAGUAUAUCUGUAAUCUCUUAAGAGUAGCUGGGAAAGAAUUAAAUGAAAAGAUUAAUUUGAGAGACAUAUUUAACUAUUUGGAAUACUUAACAUCUGAAGAUAUGAGAUCUAAAAUAUCACCAAGAAUCAGAUUUUUUAUUAAAGAUGUACUUGAGAUGCAACUUAAUAGUGUACAAAGUCAGAAGUCUAAUUAACCUAUUAUGCAUCAUGAUAAAAUAUAUUAUUUUGUAAUAAUAUAUUACAAAAUUAAUUUUGAAAUAAUUGUAUUUUAUAUUUUAUAAUUAAAGAUAAAAAUUGACUGUGAUAUUUA